CGACCGACUUUCUCUUUCCGACUCCCUCGAGGGCUUUUGCCCGCGAUGACGAGGCCUCUCUACCUGCUUUCUAGUGCCCUUUUAUGGGCGGCGGAAUGUCUUGCGAUUCUGGUGAACAAGACCAUCGACGACACGGAUGGGUCAGCGUGGACGUUUUCGGGGAGCUGGCAUGCGAUUACUGCCCAGAAUCCUUGUACUAACUGCGUUGCCAACCCAGACCCCAACCGAAUAUAUAACCGCUCGUGGCACGAUGGGUCGGCGCGGUCGGGGACGUUUACCUUUCAAGGUGUCGCCGUCUAUAUCUACGGAAUCGACGUGAACAAUCCCGCGCGCGUCGGCUUUUCAAUGAGCAAUCCUUCGAUUUCCACCUCGCAUUACAGGGACACGGGCAGCCCAGGCAGCUUCAUAUACGACUCUCUUUUCUUUUCCAUGAACAACCUCGAUGGGACGCAGCAACACACGGUUGCGUUUACUGAGAUUGUGGUGGACGGGCCUGGAGGUGUACCCGGCAUGGCAGCCCUGUUUGACUAUGCCAUUGUCACGGUUGACCAAGAAGACUCUGCGCCGCCCACUCAACCACAGAAACCUCCGCCGAGUCCUCCGCCACCAGUCACUACCACAAGGACAACCACGAGCCCGACACCCGCAUCAUCAUCACUGAUAGCUAAUAAUCAAGGCCAUUCAUCAGGAUCAUCCAGCUCGCCAGGGCGAAGCAUAUCUGCCUCGAGUAGCGCUUACCUGAGCCAUACCCCGUCUCCCAGCCCAACUGCAUCCACUCCUUCUCCAUCCACGAGCAACUCCGCUCUCUCUCAAUCGACCCUCGUUACCCACAAAUCCAACGCCGUCCCCAUCGCCGGCGGACUCGUCGCCGGAAUCACGCUUCUGGCUAUCAUCGCAGGGAUAGUCUACUGCUUGAAGCGGCGGCGAAGAAGCAUGGGGUCCACAGCUCCGCUAUCACAAUACGAGAAACACCCUGCUAGCCAGUCUUCCCACCCCAUGCUAACGCCGGCGCCCGCAUUCCAGCCGCUCAGGCGGGGCCAUGCAAGCGUGAUGUCGAGUGCUUCGCCAAUGUCAAGCAGCGGUUCAUCGUUGCCGUUUUCGUCCUCGAAAGAAGACCCGCCUCCCGUUGAGCGGCCGAGCCUCAGUCAACCUCUGAACUCAGGUCGAACCGCUGCUGUUCCGAACAGCGAGACGGAAGUGGAGAGGAGGCUGCGUAUUUUGGAAGAGAUGAUGCAAGGACAGGCGCCGCCAGCAUAUACCUAG